AGUUCACCAUUUUCGCUCGCUGCUAGCUCUAGCUAGUAGGCUGGAGGAUCGCGUGGGCGCUCUCCGUAGCCUCCAGUACGCUUCUUACAGGCAAAUCGACAGAAGUCUAUGGGCUUUUCUGUACGAUCUACACCUUUCGACGGUCACGAAGCUCUAUCUAGGCAUCAUUCAAGACAUCAUGGAUCUCAGAUACCACCACACUGCAUGGCAGGCCGAGGUUUCAUCCCUUCUACUAUUUGGAGACUUCAACCCAUAUCCUUGCAUGGAAAGCAAGGUGCAGAGCUGUCUUUGAUCAUGUACCACAUAUUUUUACUGCGAUCCCCGCAUAUGCUUGUAUGAGACUAUCGCGUGGUUAAUCAUCAGGAACUCAGGGAAGAUUUGCAAAGAAUUAAUUGCGGAAUCACAAACGAUUCAACGAUGCUUGUUUCGGGCGUAGCUUGCCACAUCAUCUUGGCAGCAUUGAACUGCAUCGCCAGCACUAUCGGAGUCGGGAUCCUGAACAUGCCCAGUGCAGUUGCCCAGGUCGGAUUGGUACCCGGAACUGUGAUCUUUCUCUUUGGCAUCUUAGGAUCUCUUCUUACGGGUUUGCAGCUCUAUGAGCUCACCGAGGUUUAUGUUUUCCUUCCCUUGAGGGACAACGGCACGCAGCGCAGUAUUGAAGAGGCCGUUGCCACUAACGACCCUGAAGCCGAUCGUUUGUUGGAAUCUCGCCGACAAGACACUCCCCAAGCCCCGGUCACGAGGAUUCCGUACCUCCAGAUUGCCUUCAAGUUGUUUGGGCAGCCCGGAAUGGUCAUCGUGUUGGUGGCCAUGGUCUGCACGGCCAUUGGAGCCAACUGCGUUUGCCUCAUUGCGGUUGCGGACAACUUGGAAAACAUCUGGGAGGAGUGGUCCAAACGAGCAGUGAUCUUGGCUGCUACCUUUUUGGGCAUUUGCUUGGUUUGGACGCCUAUCCACGAGUUCAAGCCAGAGGACGGCCCGCCCCCCACGCCGCAGCUCACCUUUGCCACUUUGGUAAAGACGUUCGGGUCAAUUCUGUUCUCCUUUGCUGGGCACACCGGCUAUCCAACGUAUCACGCCCAGAUGAGGGAGGAUCAUCAACACUUCAAGGCGUCCCUCCUUGGCACUUACGAAUACAUGGGCAUCAUGUUGAUUCCUUUUGCCUUCGUCACACCUCAUUUGUGGGGUACCGCGGUGGCCGACAACCUUCUCUCUUCCCUCCCUCCCAACUCCACCGUCUAUGCCAUCAACAUUCUCAUUACCAUUCACAUUUUCUUUGCAAUUUCGCCCUGGGUGAUGCCCCUGAGCGACCUCCUAAACUUCGUCGUGUUUCACCACUUCCAAGCCCCGAACUUGGAACAUCACCAGUACAUCUUCCCCAUCUGCGUUCAAGCCGUUGCUUGUCUCGUUGCGAUUGCCUUUGCAGACUCUUUCGCCGUUGUCAUGUCCUUCAUGGGCGCGACAUUCAUGGCAUGCCUCACCUUCGUCUUUCCUUCAAUUCUCUACAUGACACACCUCCGCAACAAAGGCGGCUACACUACGGAUCCCUGGGGAUUCGCGUGCCACGGGUUGGCUUCAUUCCUCAUUGUGGCAGGCGGUGUUCUUGCCUUGGUGUUUACUCUCUACUUUACGGCUGUUGACAUGCUAAACACUAAGGCCGGGGGGGAUUAA